GCCCCGGUGGUGUUUGAAAGCGACGACGCUUAUUUUUCUGCUCAGGAGUGGGAGAACCUGGAGGAAUGGCAGAGGGAGCUGUACAAAAACGUGCUGAGAGGGAAGAACGAGCCUCUGAUCUCUCUGGAUUACACAAUCUCCAAACCUGACCUCCUGUCCGUGCUUCAGAGAGGAGAAGUUCCCUGCGGUGGGGACAAGGCGGCCUCAGAGGUUCCAGCAGAACCAAGUGCAGCAGACUAUGGCAUGCCAGAGCCGAGCUUCGUGGGCGCUGUGAAGCAAGAGGAAGAGCUGUGUGUGGAGGAGCCGGGAGCCACGGAGGAUGCAGAGUUUACCGAGCUCAGUGUGGUUCCAGCAGAGGAGGUGAUAACGUUCAAAAUAGAGCAGCUGGACUCUGAGGAAUGUCCCCAAAGCUCGGAGCCCCAUGUGACUUUAACCAGGGAGUCGGAGGAGCUGCUUUUCCAGGGUCCCAGCGAGGCGCUGCCCGUUGAUAGUCAGUACAGCUCUCCUGUGCAGCAGGGAAACCAGAGCAUGAGCAGGCUGGUGCCAUCCACUCCAGGGGAAGGGGGUCUCGGUGAAAGCAACGCUGUCACCUUCUAUGGGCAAAACUGUCCCAACAAGAGAGCUCACUCAUGUACUGCAUGUGGGAAGGGCUUCUGUCUGAAGAAGAUGCUGAUGAUUCACCAGGAGAGCCACAGCACACAGUGCAGCAGUGAGCACACUGGAGACGAGGAAGGCUUCCUCCAUCAGCAGCACCGGUGGACCCACAUGGAAGACAGGACCCAUGUGGAAGAUGGGACACAUGUGGCCACGGAGAGGUUCAAGCAGAACCAGAAUGCAAAAGCCCAUGCCAGAGUCUCGGCCACGGAGAAGGUGUAUGGCAAUCCCAGGUGCGUGAAAAGCGUCAACACCAACAGCAGCUACAAGCCAAGUCAGAGGGGCCACCCGCGGGGGAGGCCUUACAAGUGUGACAAGUGUCAAGAGUGCUUCUCCCAAAAGAAAACCCUCAUCAUCCACCGGCGUAUGCACUCAGGCCGGAGCGGAGGGGUCCUCUGGUGCUCAUACUGCGGGAAGACCUUCAGCCACCCCUCCAAUCUGAUCCGGCAUCAGAGGAUCCACACAGGGGAGAGGCCGUACCAAUGCAAUGAGUGCCCAAAGCGCUUCACCCAGAAGCAGCACCUCCUCCAGCAUGAGAAGAUCCACCUGCGCGAGAGGAACUGCGUGGUCGCGCAGAGUGCGAGGAAGGCACCGCUAAACGGCUUCUAG